UCUGUCUAUGCUUCACUUGUAACACAAGCCCAUCGGGGAGCGUAGCUUAACUACCAGCGCAGAAAUGUGUGAAACAAUGUAAUAGACUAUAUUUUAAAGGCUUGACAUUUUACUUAGUCCACGCGUAAAAAUACAAACAGUGGAGUAGUUCGUUUUAUCAGAAUCAGAAAUAAUCGUUAAAUGGCACACGCUUCCGUGGGAAAAAGAGGAAAGGCUUGAUAACGACGAAUAUUUAGCCAGUUCUCCGUACAAGACUGUGAGUCAGACUCAUAUUUCAGUUCUAGCUAUCAAUGUUGCUGGCUGCUUGAAGCUGGGGGCCCGGUAUGGACUCAACAAAGAGCUUGUGCCAGGAGUGGAUUUAAUUCAUUGAUCACAGUUUGUUUCGAAACGCACUAAACCUGCCGAAGUUCAUCUCAGUAACCUUUCUGGACAACGGAAGGUUGUUUUGAAAGUCUAUGGAAAUGGGGGAGCAGCCUAUCUUUACCACCAGGGCCCAUGUCUUCCAGAUCGACCCCACCACAAAGAAGAACUGGGUCCCUGCCAGCAAGCAGGCCGUCACUGUCUCCUACUUCUAUGACAGCACACGCAACAGCUACCGCAUCAUCAGCGUUGAUGGAUCCAAGGUGAUCAUCAACAGCACGAUUACGCCCAACAUGACCUUCACGAAGACCUCGCAGAAGUUUGGCCAAUGGGCCGACAGCAGGGCCAAUACUGUCUUUGGCCUUGGAUUCGCUUCGGAACAGCAGUUGGCAAAAUUUGCUGAAAAAUUCCUGGAAGUCAAAGAGGCAGCAAAACUUGCACGGGACAAAUCUCAAGACAAAAUGGAAACCUCAAGUAAUCAUUCCCAGGAAUCUGGCCGUGACACCCCUUCAUCCACUCAGGCCUCCAGCAUCAACGGCACGGACGAUGAGAAGAUCUCUCACGUGGGGCCUGUAGACGCGCUUCUGAAGAGCGAGAAUGAUCGCCUGAAGACUGCCGUCGAGCAGAGCAACACUAAUGCCAAAAAGUGGGAGACAGAGCUACAGACCUUGAGGGAAAGCAACGCUCGUCUUGUGGAGGCAUUGAAGGAGUCCACCAACAACGUGGAAACAUGGAAGAAGCAGCUGGCCACGUGCAAGGAGGAGAGCAACCAACUCAGGGAAAAGAUCACGGAGCUGGAGGCGCAGUGCGAGGCGGCCAAUCAGGAGAAGGAGAAGAACGCCCAGCUGACGGAACGAGUGCAGGAACUGGAGUCUGAGCUUCAGGAAAAGGAGCAGGAACUGGAGAACCUGAGGAAGCAAGCAGAGAUAAUCCCCCAACUCAUGGAGGAAUGUGACACCAUGACACAAAAACUAGAGGUGGCCGAAAUGAAGAACAAAGACCUGGAGGACAGAAUAGAGUCCCUACAGGCCGAUAUCGAUGACAAUCACGACAAGCAGGGUCACCUGAGGGUCGAGCUGAAGAAAUUCAUGGACGUCUUGGACGGGAAGAUCGAUGAACUCCACGAGUUCCGACAAGGCCUGUCUAAACUCGGGGUGGACAACUGAGGGCUUGGACAGGACCAGCUGUGCUGGAUACAGGGGUGGGCGUCAUGAGGGUUCUGGGAUAGCAUGUCCCAAAGUGUGUCCUGCUGAACCAAUCAAAUUAAGGGACUGAUAAAUAGGAGACACAAAAUGGCGGGAGCUCUCAGCCUGAUGGAAUUUUCUUGUGUCAGCGUUCUGGAAUCAGAUUCAGACCAGAGAGUUCAUAGAUUACUGAACUGAAUAAGGAAUAAUUGAAGAAUAAUUAACCAUUAUCUAGGAGGAGAGAGAUAAAUUGAUGGACAGAUGGUGGGGUUCAGCUCUAAUUGAGGUCUGUGCGUGUGGUUCGUGCAGCUAGAGGGGAACUCACUGAUAACUCACUGGCAAAUGGCAGAACAGCAGAACAGCAAGCGAGUCAUAGCCCUCAGUGACACUGGCAGAGAAAAAGGGAAUCUCGUAUGGUCAAAUGCGGUUGAUUCAUGAUGAUCUCAGGUCAGUUUGAAAACUUUGUUCGCCACAAUAUGCACAUACAUGAUCUGCACAUUGUCACAAAGUGCCUCAGUUCAGUUUCUUCUGUCCCGCAGCAAAGGCCCAUCUUUUAUAACCACGACAGAGUCCAAGAUUAGUAUAAUUAUUUGUACUUUCAUAUAUGCCUUCAUAAAUUCACACAAUUUAAUUUUGCUGACUAUGGCUUAUAAUUCUAAAUGGAGAUUUCUAGGUCCCUCGCUAUUGCAUUGAAUCAAGUGAAUUAAGCUUAGACGAGGCAUGAAAGAAUGACGUGUGUAAACAAGAAUGGUGAUAUACUAUAAGAAAAAAGACAAGCACAUCCUAUGGAUGCGGUUAUAACAUCGGGAAGAAAACAAAUCAGGUUUUCAAGUGAAGCAUGUAAAAAUGGUGAAAAUGUUUCGCAGUAAUAAUUCCCGUGUUGCUUUGGAAAUGCAGUGUGCGAGAUUGUAUGUGCAUAAGGCCCUUUUCCUAAUUGUGAUUGGCGAACUUGUGACGAACUGUGGGAGGAACACCCAAAAUCAUGCCAGACAGAAACUCAGUUUACGAUUGCUGUCUUUAGAGGAUUUCGCAUGAGUGAUACCUUCUUUUUUUUUUUUUUUGGUUGAUUCUUCUGGCAAAGUGUGUCUGAAUUUGUCAUUCACAUAAAGAAUGUGCUUCCCAAAUUACUGUUUCUUAUUUGGUCGGGAAUCUUUUGGGAAAGGGUGCAUUACUGCUGCUAGACUAUGGAAUUUUGUGUAAAUGUAAAUGUACUACUACACUCUGUGGGCUUUCGAACACAGCCUGAUGAAGUUACUCGUUUUCCAAAAAUCGUUGUGCUGGUGCCUAUGGUUUUCUCAUUCCCACAGGGACCCUUAACAGCACUACCUUAUGUUCUCUACGAGUACAGUGUAUUAAUUAUGCGUUUUCGGGUUAACACAUUUUAUAUAUAGAAACCCUGUUUUUGUUUGUUUUUUUUGGGGGGGUGGGGGUUACUGUGUUCAGUGUUUUUCAGAGCAGAUGUGAGGUCCCUCUCUUCCUCUUGAAUGCGGCCCUGUGCUGUAUUUGAAUGUUGUGGUUCACAUAAAUCAGUUUGGCGUCUUGUAGAUGAACAGCUGUGGGAAACUAUUAUUCUACAUGUGUAACUAUUAUUAAAUUUUCUAUCACUGUUUAAAAGAUUUUUCAUGACAUGGUUCACGACUGAUUGACAACUUUGUCUAUCUCCUUGCACUUAUAGAAUAUUUCCCCUUCAGAAAUGCUGAAACGCGUAAAUGCUUCAGUUUACGAAGGGGGUCGUGCCUACGAUGACAAGUGAGAGUACAGAUUGAAUUAAUUUUGACAAAAAACCACUCCUAUCUACCUUUGUGAUUUCUGGUCAUUAUUGUAACAUAUAGAGGUAUUGUUAAAAUAUAGUUUAAUUAAAA